GCAGAGAGCUCUCGCUGGGUCGCAGUCGGCUUGGGCCCCGCGCUGGGCCACUGCUGCUCUAGAGCACGGGGUGCCCUGGCCUGAGAGGAGGCCGUCCCAUGCUCCUCCCCUGCAUGAGGAGACCUGGGCAUGGGGCCUGACGGAGGCCGGGGCUGAUCGGAGGGAGGGAGGAAGGGUGGCCCAGCGGGGCUCAGUGCAGCAUGAACUGGAGGGCGGGCAGCUGCCAACCUACCGCCCUGCCUGGGGCGGGGCAUCCGGAUGUCUCCCUGGAGCGUCGGGGCCGCGAACCUGCUGCCCCGGGGAAUGUCUGUGCACUGACCAGUUCUCCCUUCCCUCAGUUCCCCCAUUCGCCCUUCCUGCGCCUCGGCCAGCUGAGCAAUGUGGAUCUGGACGACGACGUGCGUGAGCUGGAAACGGAGACCCCCAGCCAGUUGCCCAGUGAGAUUCCUCACAGCGAGAAGCUGCUCUCGCUCCGAUAUGAGAGCCUGGACUAUGACAACUGUGAGAACCAGCUGUUCUUGGAGGAGGAGAGGCGCAUCCACCACACGGCGUUCCGCACAGUGGAGAUCAAGCGCUGGGUCAUCUGCGGCAUGAUCGGGAUUCUCACCGGCCUCGUCGCCUGCUUCAUCGACAUCGUGGUGGAGAAGCUGGCUGGGCUGAAGUUCAGAGUGGUGAAGGACAAUAUCGACAAGUUCACCGAGAAGGGGGGGCUGUCCUUCUCCCUCUUGCUGUGGGCCACUCUGAACUCCAGCGUGGUGAUGGUUGGCUCCAUUAUUGUGGCUUUCAUCGAGCCGGUCGCCGCCGGCAGCGGGAUCCCCCAGAUUAAGUGCUACCUCAACGGCGUGAAGGUGCCUCACGUCGUGCGCCUCAAGACCUUGGUGAUCAAAGUCUGCGGGGUCAUUCUCUCGGUGGUCGGCGGCCUGGCUGUGGGGAAGGUAAUUUGCUGGGCGGAGGGCAGUCUGACUCCGCCACCUUCCCGAGGUUGUGGAGUGGCCCCUGUGCGCUGGCCUGAGGUGGGGCUGUCAUGCUCACGGGUCUCGCUCGCGCCUGCCUGGUGCCUUGGUCCCCGCCAGCAGCUCGGCGCCGCGCCAGGCUCUCCUGGCGGAUCGGGGACGGGACGCUGGGCAGCGGCAGUGCAUCCUGAUGCCACCUUCUCCCGGAUCCUGGCCUUUGUCUGCCCAGGCGGAGUUCUCUUCAGCUUGGAGGAAGGCGCUUCCUUCUGGAAUCAGUUCCUGACGUGGAGAAUCUUCUUCGCCUCCAUGAUCUCGACGUUCACGCUCAACUCCAUCCUGAGCUUUUACCACGGGAACCCCUGGGACCUCUCCAGCCCGGGGCUCAUCAACUUCGGCAGGUUCGACAGCGAGAAACUGGGCUACACCUUCCAGGAGAUUCCGAUCUUCAUCUUCAUGGGCGUCGUCGGUGGAAUUCUCGGCGCAAUAUUCAAUGCCCUGAAUUACUGGUUAACCAUGUUCCGAAUCAGGUACAUCCACCGCCCGUGCCUCCAGGUGAUUGAGGCCAUGCUGGUGGGAGCGGUGACAGCAUCUGUGGGGUUUGUGAUGAUCUACUGCUCUACGGACUGCCAGCCCUUCCAGGGGGAUGCCGUGGCCUACCCCCUGCAGCUGUUCUACAACCCUCCAGGUUCUUACAAUCCCAUGACCCUGGGGAUGUUCACAGUGAUGUAUUUCUUCCUGGCCUGCUGGACCUACGGGCUCACCGUGUCUGCCGGUGUCUUCAUCCCUUCCCUGCUGAUCGGAGCGGCCUGGGGCCGGCUCUUCGGCAUCUCGUUGUCCUACCUGACCGGGGGAUCGGUGAGUUACCGCCCAGGUGGGGGCACUGCGACCUGCGCCUCUCCCUCAGGUGGGAUCGUGAGAAUGACCCUGAGCCUGACCGUCAUCAUGAUGGAAGCCACGGGCAACGUCACAUACGGCUUCCCCAUCAUGCUGGCGCUGAUGACGGCGAAGAUCGUGGGCGACUACUUCGUGGAGGUGAGCGGCCUGGGGGCUGGCGGCCGGAGUCAGCCCCACCCUCCGGCUUGGGGCGGGAGGGGCCCCUUGNNGUCCCAUGUCCCCGGCGCUCUGUCCUGCAGGGAGGUGAUGAGCACGCCCGUGACGUGUCUCCGGAGGCUCGAGAAGGUGGGAACGAUCGUGGACGUGCUCAGCGACACGUCGUCCAACCACAACGGCUUUCCCGUGGUGGAGAGCAGCCCGGAUGCCCGCCAGCGAGCACCCCUGGCCGGCUCGGAGCCCCAGCUCCGGUACCAAGGCUCCCCCCUCUCCUAGGUCUUUGUGGAAAGAGCCAACCUGAGCCUGGUUCUGCGACGGCUGAAGCUGAAGGAUUUCCGGGACGCCUACCCCCGCUUCCCGCCCAUCCAGUCCAUCCACGUCUCCCAGGACGAGCGCGAGUGCAUGAUGGACCUGACUGAGUUCAUGAACCCCUCGCCCUACACGGUGCCCGAG